UCUCUUUCCGCCAUGUCUUCCCCACCGGCAACCAUGUCUGUCCCUCCGCCACGCCGCGUGAAAUCCAAAAUUUGGCAGACAUGUGCCGGUCCAUCGGUGAACGUUCCAAAGGUACGUUCUAAAGUUUAUUACUUCCCACAUGGUCACUUGGAACAUGCCUGCCCUUCCCCUAACCCUCAAACAAUCACGGUUAUUGAUGGAUAUGGUCCUUCCUUUCCUUGUAUCAUCACAGCCGUUGAUCUCCUAGCUGAUCCUCACACCGAUGAGGUCUUCGCCAAAUUGCUACUCAGUCCGGUAACUGAAGGACAAGAAUUUCCUGAGGUUGUUGACGAAGAAGACGACGGUGGUGAUAAGUUUGUUUCCUUCGUAAAGACUCUUACAAAAUCUGAUUCUAAUAACGGUGGUGGAUUCUCUGUACCUCGCAUUUGUGCUGACUUGAUCUUCCCUAAGCUUGACUUAAAUUCUCCUUUUCCAUCUCAGCAAUUGUCUGUUACUGAUGUUCAUGACCGAGUUUGGAAGUUUGCUCAUGUCUAUCGAGGGAGACCCAAAAGACACCUUUUUACUACUGGUUGGACUCCGUUUGUGAACACGAAAAAACUCGUUGCCGGUGAUUCUAUUGUUUUCAUGAAAAACACUGCCGGAGAUAUAGUGGUUGGAAUCCGCAGAAACAUUAAGUUUGCUGCAGCUGAAACAAAAGCAGUGAAUAAUAAGAAGGAGGAGGGUAAAGAGAAUGGUUUGGAGGUUAAGAGAGAGGGCUUUUCUCGAGGCGGGAGAAGGGGAAUGCUAACCGAGAAGGCGGUUAUUGAGGCAGUGGAGUUGGCGGAAAAGAAUCUGGCAUUUGAAGUUAUAUAUUACCCUAGGGCUAAUUGGUGCAAUUUUGUAGUUGAUGCAAAUGUUGUGGAUGAUGCUAUGAAGAUUGGUUGGGCAUCUGGAAUGAGAGUGAAGCUUCCUUUGAAGAUUGAUGAAUCUUCAAAUUCAAAGAUGACAUUUUUUCAGCCUCAAGGAACAAUUUCUAAUGUGUCCAGUGUCCCUAAUUGGCGCAUGCUUCAGGUUAACUGGGAUGAACUUGAAAUUUUGCAAAAUCAAAACCGCGUCAAUCCUUGGCAAGUUGAACUUAUUUCCCACACACCUGCAGUGCAUCUACCAUUCCUCUCAACAAAAAAGCCUAGACUAGUUCAAGAUUCUGCCUUGUUCUGUGAUGACAAGGGUGAUCCCUUCAUUCCUAUGAUAGAGUUCCCUAAGAGAUCUUUGAACCAAACAUUGUUGAAUUGUGGUUAUUUUCCAGCAGGCAUGCAGGGAGCCAGGCAUGAUCAUUUAUCUCUAUCAGGUUUUUCCAACUCUUUGAAUGAUAAUAGUUAUAGUUUCUUUGUAAACAAUCUAAACAUUGACAUGCCGACAACCAACGACUUGUCGCCAAAUAACCUUGAUAGUUUGAACACCUUUGAGACAGAUUUUGUUGAGACUCACAACAGCAACAUAAAAGGAGUUGGGUCUGGUUCAAUUAAGUUAUUUGGUAAGAUCAUAAAGCCUGUUGAAAGUGAUGUCCAUGAUUCCGGUACCAAGGGAGAAGAUUCCUCUAAGGGAUCCAAUGAAAUUUAA